ACCAUUACUACCGAAGCCAAUGUCUCGCGCGUUUGCGGCACCGCAACCGAUCCGCGCCGCGCGCAAAACCGAGUGGCUCCGCUGCGCGCUCGCGCAUCACUUCUCCCGUGAGCCCGGGGUCGAGAACGAGAUCGUGGUGCUGGCCACCGGCAUCGACCAGUACCUACAGGAGGUCUUUCACCAUCUCGCCUACUCCAGCCGGAGCAGCACCAGCGAUGUGGUGUCCGAGCAGGACUUCCGGCUGCUCUGCUCGGUACUCGGUGUGAGCGCGGAGGAGGACGAGGAGGACGAUGAGGAUGAGGUCUGCUCCGCGCUUCCGCCCGCGCUCAGUUUCAGGGAGUUUCACGCGCGUCUUUGCGCGUUCUUCGCCGUCCGAGCGCGCGACGCACAGACAUCCCUGCGGCUGCCGGUCACCGUGGAAACCGAGCACGUGGAGCGCGAGAUCAGGCUCCGGUGGCCGCGAGUGCGGCGGAGAAAGUGCGUCAGUUUCGACUUGACUCGGGACGGUGCUGCGAACAGGGCAUCACGUGACAGGAUGGAACCCGCGAACCCGUGCUCAACGGAAGCAGGACAGAGAUCAUGUCAGGAGCAGGUGGAGAUGGAGAAUGCCAGUCUGAGAGAGCUCGUGGAAGACCUGCGCUCCGCUCUCCAGAGCAGUGACGCUCGCUGCAUGUCCCUCGAAGUAGCUCUGAGGAGAGAACGUCUGAACACACUAAGCAAAAGCUCUCCACAAAUCACUGAAAGGCAAACCUGCUUUGCUGGCAGUGAGCCCAAACACAAGCCAAGUAAACAAUCCAGACGCACAAAGGACCUGCUUCGAGAGCUAGAGCUGAUCCGUGCUUCCCGUGACGGCCAGCUGGAGGAGGCGAUGAGGUUCAGCCAGAGGCUGGAAGAGGAGCUUAUGUCUGCGUAUGGCGAGGUCAGCAAGCUGGAGGACACAGUGGCGAGGCUGAGAAAAGAGAGCACUGAGAUCAAGAGGCGGGCAGAGGAGGCAAGAGCAGCUCUCUCUGCAGGCCUGACGAGGGUCAGAGACAUCCAGGACAAAGCGCAGCAAGUCAGGCCACUGCAGGAGAAAGUCCGAAACCUUGAGGAAGAAUUGGAGACAUUCAGAUCUCAAUGCACCUGUAAGAGAAGUCCUGAACCUCCAGUUGAGUCCAUGAAAUCCACAGCACGUGUAAUUCCCACAGGCCAAGAUGAAAUUCUAAACAGAGGAGAGGAAGGCCUGCAGAGGGCAGUAGAGGGCCAAGCAGCCUCAGAUGAGGAGGAGGAGGUGAGGGUGAAGGAGGAAGGCCAAUGCUGUUUGCUGGAGGUGAAGCGACUUAUUAACAAACUUCAUAACUGUGCAAAGGGUAGGUGUCAGAAGAUGGCGUUAUGUCAUCUGCUUCUCUGUCAUCUGUCAUCUGAUCAGAUCAGCUGUACUGGUCAACCAGAGUCAAAGAUGAAGGAACGAAGGCACCAUGUGCUUCUGGAUGAAAACAAAAUGCAUAAAAGAAUCUCACAGAGAACCCUAAGUAGAAUCCUGCUGAACAUGCUAGAUCUGUGUAACACAAAAGGCCAAGAAUCGAUUCCCAUCAUCCAGGUCGUGGACGCACUUUGUCAGCAGUUAGACUCUAAUGAGCUGAUCUGUUUGGAGGGAGAUUUUACAACGUGGCAAGGUGGGAACCCACAUCACCGAAACACCACAAACCCCCUCCUCAUCUCCUGCUGAAAGACUCGACUGAUUCAUCCCAGACAUUUUGAGGAAGAGCCCUAAACCCUUAAAGAGUAACAUCUGGACAAAUGUAUCAAAUUAAAUUUGUGUGUAUUUGUAAU